AUGUGGCACCUCAUGGCCUGCUCCAUCCUCAUCCGGGGGACGGGCAGCCUGACGGCCGCGGUGGAGACGGCGUCGGGCCGCAAGGCGCUGGUGGUGGGCAAGCCCAACACCUACAUGUUCGACUGCAUCGUGGAGCGCUUCGGCGUCGACCCGUCCCGCACCCUGAUGGUGGGAGACCGCCUGGAGACGGACAUCCUGUUCGGCAAGAACUGCGGGCUCUCCACCAUCCUCACCCUGACGGGGGUCUCCCGCCUGGAGGAGGCGCAGGCCUACAUGGCCAGCGACAGCCCCGCCGCUCAGGAUCUGGUGCCCAAUUACUAUGUGGACAGCAUUGCAGACUUGAUACCGGGCCUGGAUGAGUAG